AGUGUGGCCACAACUUCCAUAUGCAUUGCAUCCUGGAGUGGAUCAAGCAGGACUCAGCAAAGGGCCAGUGCCCAAUGUGCCGUCAAAGUAAGUUUCAUCUCAUCUGUUUAACGACGUUCUUUUUGAGUCAACACCAACUGACAUAUUCUAGAAUUCGAGUUCACUGAUCCAAAGAAUGAGACAAACGAGAGCUAGGGGUUUCUCAUGGAAAUGAUUUGACAUGGUUGGCGUUUGGCGAACUGUUUUUAGCGAUACCCAUGGCCCUUGCGAAGGUUCUGUUGGACUUACGAACAGACUGCCUAGCCCUGUCGGCCGUCCCAUCGCGAGCCAAAGAAAAAGACUCCCACAUAUGGUCUAGAAUUCUUCAGGACAGGAUGAAAAAAGUGAUGGUAUUCGUGGUAGUGACAAGCAAAGACGCUUUCAACAAUCACGUCUCGUUCCAUUGACCUGAGACCAAGGCCUGGAGUGAGAAAAGCAUGGCCUCAGCGAAGAAAAAGUCAGGAUAUCAUAAAUCGUCACAGAGUAUGUGUUUAUAUAUAUUUCUGACGGAAGCAGAAAGCUAUUGUUCAAGGCAAUGCGGUUUC